UUUUGUCUUCUGCUUGCGUUCACGUAUUGUGAAUUGAAAAUUCCAUCACAACUCCCAUUUUAUUUUUAAUGCCGACCUGCGAUAUAUCUAAACUGCCAUGGAGCGAUUGCUUGAUUUAUAAAUAUCUACAAGAUGGCGGCCAUUCCCUUCUGCUCCUUCCAUUGUUUUAUUACUUUUUUUAAACUAAAUUUUUUUUGUCUGCGCAUGCGAUAAUCGUUCCUAUCCCUCACAACAUUUGUAGGAUUACGUGUAUAGGUCAAAUAUAUGACUAAACUAAUAUUUAAAUUUAGUCCACUCUAGUUUAAAAUUUCAUCGAUCGUUUCACAAACCACGACCAUUAACGAUCGUGGAAACGUGAUCUGAUCUGAUGCACCAUGGACCUGAAUGCGACUAAGCUUUUCACGAAUGAUCCUAAAUAGGUAGCUUAAUUAUUAUUCAGUUCAUGUCAGUUUUGUAGAUAUUUAUUAGUAUAAUUUUAUUACACUGACUGCGCCUAAAUUAAAAGUUGUAACGUCGCCAGCGAGAGUUUCCAGUAUGGCCAGAGUCGGAUCAAAGAUUUUGCUGUGACUGCCAUCCAUGUGGCAUACCUUGGAGCAACUUCGUAAGUAUCGCAUGACUAAAUCAGAGAUGUUUGCUGCUCUGCAUCAAGUCAUUCUUCAGCAGUCAUCGAAAAACAUUAGUAUGUCAUGGAGAACAAAUUUCUUGGCAUUUGCCGCAUUUUUGAUCUUUCUAUUAGAGAUGCUGUAGGAAGUAGGAAGCCAUCAGUACUCGGCAAAGGCAGAAAAGAGAAAGGAGCAGUUAAUGAUUGUUCUGCUGCUGAAGGCCAUGUUUCUGGUUUAUACUUUGAAAGCAAUGCAAAAACCUUAACUGAUGGUCAGAUGAGUUUGCCUGAUGAAGUGAAAGUUGAAGUAGUGCAUUGUGAAGCAUCAGCAAUUGCCACAGCUUUCAUUAAGGCUGACUUAAAUCCAUGUUUACACGAUGCUGACCAGUGUGAAUGGGACAAAAGUAAAGAUGUAAGGGAACCAGUUGAAGACGAGAGAUACCAGGCACAAAAUACUAAUGCAGAAUCUGAAACUGGAUUAGAUAGCUCCCCAACUGAGAUGGAUACCAGUCCACAAGUUGCUGGUUCUUUGACCUUAUCAGCAGAAGAAGCUACUAGUCACGUGGACUCUGUUAGCAGCCAUGCUGACACUGAGCACCAGCAAGUAGAAGAAGGCAUCUGUGCAUCCAACCAAAGCACAGAUGGAUCAGGGUUGUUGGAGUCUGUCCAGCCAACACAUGAAGAAAGUCUUGUCAACUUGUGCCAAUCACAGCCUUUUGUAAAUCCUGUGCAAGCAGUUGGCCAAGCAAGCAAUGAUUUAACCCAUACCAUUGUGAUUUCUGAAACAAGCAGUCAUGACAGUUCUGCUACUGUGACAAUGGCAUCUAAUUUUUCAGAGAAGAUACUUCCUGUCAUCUGUUUUUCAAAUAUUACAGAAACUCAUGGGCAAAUGCAGGGAAGGGGCAGAGCUCGAGGUCGCGCAAGGUCAAGAAAGAAGUUGGACUGCAAUGGAGACAUUGUGGAUCAGAUGACAACAUUUGUACACGAUGAGGCAGGGUGUCAAAAAUCAGAGGCUUCAAGUCUUCCUUUUAUAGAUGAUGGUCGUUUUGAUGAUCUGGUGGAAUAUUCAGGGCAGAACAGCAAAAUAUACCAUGCACAAGCUGUAAAUAAUAACAACAGCCCUACACAGAUGAUUGUUGCAGAAUGCUCUAUGGAAACCUUGGACAGACACAUCUUGGAAGAGAGUAUUAAGGCAACAUCUUGCCCAGCAGCAUCCAUAGAUGAUGCUGGGUACAAGACAGGACCAAGUCUCGUAAACCAUACCUUUCAGGAAGAUCAUACCGAUGCUAGCUAUGAAGGCAAGUCAAGUGGACUUCCUCCAAGAACACGUGUACCAGGUUCCAGCCUGGAAAUUCCUUUUUCUCAUAUGGCCAUUUCAGAACCAGAUUGGAUGCAGUUGGACAACCAUUCAUCAGGCUCAGAUCUGUGCAGCUUAUGUGAGACAGUAACAUUUACAGCAUCUUCACUCAAAAGAGAAGAGACAGGUGGUAGCAGCAAGCCAUCUAAGAAGCUGCGGGAGCUGGGCAGAGCCAUAGCUACCAACUCUGUGCAUGGAAGAAUUUACACCCCACGUGAUGAUGAGGAUUGGAAUAGCUCGAGGCACACCUUCUUACAGAGAGGCAGUGUUGGUAGACAGAAACAUGCAUGCACAGGCCACAUGUCUCAUGAAUGUAGCAUCCAGUUGCAUGACUGCUCAGGCUUUCGGGAUCAGAAAGGCAAUCUUUUUUCAUCCCACGGUACUCUACCCCAUGCAACAGCAUCCCCAAUCUCCCAACAGCUGUGCAGCGCUCAUGGUUGUUCAUGUGCAUCAAAGAGUCGGCCACAGUUUGAUUGUGAUCAUACUAUGUACAGUAAACCUUGUCCAGAAAAGGGGCCAUGUUUGGAAAGGGUUGACCUUCAUGGCGGCAGUUUUAUCAGCCCAGAGCACCAGAAACCUCGAUCAUUCAGUUCUUCUGCUGACAGUCGUAAACAGACAUGUGCGAAGACCUUGCUUAUUAUUCCUGCACAUGCAAUUCAUUCCAUAGACUCGGCACACCAGCUCUUACAUUUUGUUUGGGAGUGCAUGCAUCGCAGGGAAGACAUGCAAGAGUUAGCUUUUGAGGUACUCAUCAGAAUGAAGGAUGAAGCAUCACCAGGAAACUUAGUUUGUAUGCAGAGUUCUAAAGAUGAACAGUAUUCUCCAGCUGUGCACAGUGAUCCUGUAGGCAUGAUGCCUGGUUUGUUUGGCAAGGAUUUUCACUCACGUUUCACCAAUGGAGACUCCAGGCUUAUGAAUCCUAUGAUUAGCUGCCGAUCGUCACCUCAUAGCUGGCAUCCAAUUAUGGCUCCAUUACCAGUGCCACAAACGCUUGGGUUGUUGCAGUCACAUCCAUCCCAUCCACCCCAUCACCUUAAGUACCAGAAGCAUUUUGCUUGUACUUCUCAUGUUUUGUGUGGAGCAGGACAGCAUCAGACAACAGAUAAUUUCUCCAGUAGAGCAGAUGACGAACCAAGUAACAUAUUGAAUCCACACCUGUGUCCCGAUUGCUCUGAGUCUUCUGUCCAGUCUGAAGCUGUAAAAACCAUCCACCCUAAAAUUGGAAUUUGCAGACAUAUUUGCAGAAGUCCUCACUGUGAGUUUGCUGAACAUCAUUGUGGCCACCUCACUGCAGAAAACACCACUUCUACUCAUACUAGUCCUGUAACUAGUGACACUAUAAGGAGGGGUGUGCCUUCACCAUCCCCAAGCAUGUCAGGAUCAUCUUCAUCAACUGAACAUUUGGACAUUUUCUUUGAAACAGGGAAAGCAUAUGAUGCCUCUGACAGUAACCUUGAAGAGUGGACAGAUGGCAGCAUAGCAGAUACAGGAGGUGUCAUGCCUGGUGGUGAAGUUUCUAAUGAGCACAUUGAGGAUUCCCAUCCAGAUGAGUCAAGCAUGUGUACAAGUUUAUCAUCACCUGCUGAUUCACCUCUUAUUAAAAGCAGCUUGAAAAAACAACAUAUUAGCCCUUCCAAUCAACAAAAAAGGAAACCCCAGCUGCAGAAUGCCAUGCCCAACACCAAAUUUCAGAAAGGGAAUGAUUUAGGACUAGCAAGAUUCCUGUCUAUACGCAGCAUCCCAAAGAGUCAUCCGCCUCUUAAAAUUGCCCUGGAUUCCGACAAAGCUGUGAAAAAACCAACACAGUCAGAGUCUUCUUCAUCCAAGUGGGUCUCAUGCCGUUCCCUCUCUCCAGGUCAGCUGGCUGAGCAGAAUUCUGCAGCCAGUCCAGUUUCAAGCAACAUGAUGUCCCCACAGGCUGUUCUUGGGCAGUCAGGGAGCAUCAAAAAAUCAUUUGGUUCAAAGGAAAAGAACUGCAUACCUGCCUUUAGAACCAUUGCUGACCAGCCAUCUAAAUCUACAUCUUUUGGUGGAAGGAAUAGACAUUUGGCAGCACCAUACACAACACGUUUUUCAUCAGAUAGUAGCGUGUCAAACAGAAACUGCUGGAACAAGAGUACUUUCAGCAUGUUUCUCAACUCAUAUAAUACAAAAUUCAUAGAUACUCACUGUCAUCUAGACUUACUCUUCAGACGUCAGCCCUUCAAGGGAACUUUCAGUGAAUACCACAAGCAGCACAAAGCAACUUUCCCAAGUAAUUUUGAGGGAUGUGUAACAGUAUUCUGCAAUCCUAAAUAUUUCUCCCAUGAAGGCCAGUGGCGCCCCAUUGUUGAGGACACAGGAGUGUGGAUGGCAGCUGGUUGUCACCCUAAAAGUGCCACAGAUUUCACUGAGUGGGCUUUAGACAGUCUUCAGCAUUGCUUGAAGCAUGACAAAGUUGUUGCACUUGGUGAAAUUGGCCUUGAUUAUUCCAAAAACUAUAAACUGAAUUCUGAGCUGCAGAAGAGAGUUUUUGCAAGACAGAUCAAGAUUGCACUCGAUUCACAGUUGCCACUGGUUGUUCACUGCCGAGAAGCAGAGGAAGACUGUUUUAAUAUUCUAAAGCAGUAUGUGCCUCACAACUACAAGGUCCACUGUCACUGCUUCACCUCCAGCUUAACGGUUGCCACGUGCUGGAUGUCACAUUUCACCAACAUGUACUUUGGCUUGACCCCACUGGUCACAUACCAGUCAGCUACAGAGACUCACGAAGUUGCAGAGUUCUUACCUUUGGAGAAACUGUUGCUGGAAACAGAUGCACCAUACUUCCUUCCUGGUGGAUUUAAUACCAGCACACAUGGAUUGACCCUUUCACAUCCAGGAAUGGCUCUUACAGUAGCCACCAGAGUGGCAGAACUACGGAAGAUGCAGGUAGAAGAUGUCCUUGUGCAGGUGCGUCAAAAUACACUGGCGAUGUAUGGAAUCUAGAUAAUUUUUCAACUUCGACAAGGAAACAAAGAUUAGCAGACUCCAGAUAAAUUGAAGUGAUAUGAAGAAAGACACUGGAUAUGUAAGUCUUGGAACAAUCCAUGAUGUACAAGAUGUUAGCGCUGUUAUCUUCGCAAAUUUGUUUACAGAGAAAUCUAUUAACAACAUUCUAAAAUUCAUGCACACAUUGUUACAUUAAAAAAAUAGUAAUUGGUUGUCAAAUAGAAAAAGAAUCUUUUAAUGGAAACAUAUUCUUAAAAACAGAAUAUGUGGCAUCAUGGCAGCAGCAAAUGUUCCCACUGCUCCAUGCACUUGAGCUUGUUUUGCUUUAAACUGUUCACUUUUUUUUUUGUCAAUUUGUGGUUUUCACAUAAUUUUCCUCAAACAUUUCCAGAUGUUAGUUACAGUUGAAUAUAUUUUUUGAUUUUUCUAGAGUUGCUUUAAAGAUUAUUUGAAGAAUAAAGUUCGAUUAUUA